AUGGGCCCCUGUACCGCCUCCUCAUGCUGCUGCCAGGCCCCUAAAUCUGCCAUGGGCCCCUGUACCGCCUCCUCAUGCUGCUGCCAGGUCCAGAGUCUCUCAUGGGUCCCUGUACGGCCUCCCAUUUGCUGCUCCAUCGCCACACUCUGCCACUUCAGGUCUCCUCACACUCUGCUGCUGUUCCCAGUCAUGUUGCUGGCACGGGCCUUUCAGGUAGCUGCUCCUCUAAUCUGCCAUGGGCCCCCUGUGUUCCUCCAUGCUGCUGCCAGGUCCCAGUGUCUCAUGGGUGCUGGCCAGAUACGGGGGUCUCUCGCCACACUCUGCUGCUCAGGUCUGCCAGGUGUUCGUAUUUUGUCAUCUGGCAGAUUACGGGCCUCCCAUUGCUGG